CCGCGCGCCGCCGCGCGCGUCCUCCUCCCCGCCGCCGUGCACGGACCACCAGGCGCUGCACGGGCGAUCUGUCGGCGGCGGCACAGACGCCUAGGCCGCUGGCGCUCGGUCCAGUGGGAGCCUGGGAGGGGAGCGGAGGUUGUGCGGGCUGCCGCGCCCCUCCAACAAUCCGUGGUCGCUCUGUCCCGGCGGCGACGCGCCCCUCCAGUCCUCCACCGAUCCGUCAUCUGUCCUCACUGCUACCUGGGCGCCCGAGUGCGACCACGACAUCGCGGCCAGGUACCCUCCAUCGUCGCCACCGCAGAGACGUUGUGUUCAUCGUCACCGGCGCUGCAAACACGGUUGUUUAAUUCAGUUUCAUUGCUUGGUCACUUGUCACUGAUCUGAUACGAAUUGGUCUCUUGUUUAAUUUGAUGUGGCGUGGGUCUGGUAGACAGAAAUUUGUCAAACAAUUCUUAGGGUUCAGAUGCUGUUUCAUUUGUCAAGCAAAUGUUACUAGAUCUGCACGAUUGAUGGGUGCAUGUGAUUGAAUGGAUAAUAUGUUCAGGGAAAUUAUUGCGGGUUUUAAAUAAUUUGUCACUGUGCCAUAGCUCACACCUCUCAGAUAUAUUUCACACAAUUGUUGCUCUAAAUUUGCUAUUUUCUAUCUCUAUUCCCCGACCCGUCGACUGGGACAGGCCACCGAUAAUUCUGCAUGGUGCGUUACUCCAGUACCGGUUCCCCUCCCCAUUGGUCAAGCUUUUUUCUUUGUAGUUCCAAGCAGGCGCAGGCGCAGGAAGGUGCAACAAGGGGGGAUGAGGAAUGGUAGCAUGGUUCUUGCAUUGAAGGUGCAUUCCUUGAAUAUGAUGCACCGUGACCUGAAGUCUGACAACCUGUUAUGGGCUAUGGCUAUAUAAAGGUUAAUGGGUAUCAAUUGCUAUUUUUCAGCUUUCUCCAAUUAUCAGUCAAUGCAUGCUUGAUUUUAUUUCUUCUUUGGAUGGUGCAUACUGAUUUCAGGAUAUUGAAAGUUGGCCUUAUCAACAGCACGGAUGGCCUAUGUCAGGCCCAGACAUGAGCAGCAACCGCUAAAGGGUGCGAUUGGUUCCCUGUAUGCAAGCUCAGCCUGGCCCGUGGGAUGCAAUGGUCAAAUGAUUGGUUGCUUGAAUUACCCUUUGAGCCUGGCUCAUGCGGUGCAAAACGUCUCUCUCAGCCUGGCUGCGCAGAUACUGGAAAAUCGAGCGUAUCCGCGGAGCCAGGCUCGCAUGGUGCGAGGUGGGUGCACUAGCAAGCGAGAGUAGGCAAAAAAAAUGAGAUUGGCUGCUAGUCGAACAGGUAACCAAACAGAAUCUUUAACUAGACUGGCUCAACGCGUACGGGAACCAAACAAACUGCUGCUGCAUGCGGCAAGCCUGGCCAGCGGCAGCCUGCACGCGAGGUGCGAGCCAGGCUCUGGUGGGGCAGAAACCAAUCAGGCCCAAAGUUGAUCGCAAAGGACAUGCUAGACUACAUGGCGCCCAAGGUUCUGUGUGGCAUGGCCCAUGGUUGGACACUGCCUGCUGCAUGCUUGUGGCUUCAGUGCUAAUGGGAAGGGAAGUGCGAAGUCAUAUUCAGUGACAUGGUCCUAAGUCCUGUGGUCAUAGCAGUAGCACGAUGUGUAUUUUGCUGGAGGGUUUCAAAGACACAUCAAAGGUUAUCUUAUAGAAGACUAAGUGUUGCAUUGAGGCUGAAGUCACAGUCCUUUGAUCCUCCAAGACAGAGCACUUCGCUGUUGCCGAAAUGGACGAUGCGGUGCGGAAGAUGAGGGAGUGGUCGCCGCCGCCGCCGGCGUCGCCGUCGCUGCUGGUUCACAGCCCCAGGCAGACGGUCAGCCACCUCCGCAGACGCCGACCCCACCGCGACUGGGAUCCCUCCUCGGGGUCCCCCUCCUUCGCCGCCCGCGACCACGGCCCUAAGCCGUCGGAGGUGUACGGCUUCGUCGGAUCCAUCACCACCGUCAUCGCCACCGCCGUCUACCUCGCCUGGGCCUACACGCCCGAACCCUGCCUCCGCUCCCUCGGCAUCACCUACUACCCUAGCAAGUACUGGGCAUUGGCGGUGCCGUCGUUCGUGAUUGUUGCGGUGGCACUGUCCAUGGUCAUCUACAUGGGUCUCAACUUCCUCGCCACUCCUCCCCCGACUUCCUUCAGCACCAUCUUCGAUGAAAAUAGUCGGGAGCGCAUCAUGUUUUCUCCUGCAACGGAAGAGGAGAGGCCAAUCGAGCCCAUUUCAGACAUUAGUGUUGUUCAGACCAACAAUCUUAUGUUUGGUAAUACCUGAAUGCUCAUAACAUUGGAGUACCUAGAGGGAGAAAUUUUGAUCGGUUUUUUUAAUUCAAUUUUUUUUAAUGCAAAUAGAUUUAAUCUAAUAAUUUCUUUUAGAUUAAGUCUUAGGUCCCUUUUCUUUUUUAUUGAAUUAACUAAUUCAUUUCCUUUUUAGUUUUGGAUUUUUGAUAUUUUUUUGAUUUGAUUUGGCAUUAUUCAACAAGAAAAAAAGAAAAAUUUCGACAAAUUCCUUUUUUUUUUGAAAAUUAUGUGAUAAUUAUGAGAACCAAUCCUACUACUUCGCUUGCCGGGGUUUCCACAAAAAAGCACUUUCAGUUUGCCUUCAUAAGCAAUCGGGGAAAUUGAACCUUCCUUUUUGUGUCUGAAAGAACCCCCAGGCUUCCCCUGUUCCCCUGUGUACAACUUCACCUGUUUCUUGUGCAGUAAUGCAAUGUGUUGUAAUAGAAUUUUUUUUUGUCUGUAUGAUAGUUCUUUCCUAGCACAGUUUGCCUUUUUGUAAACCAUUUUCCUUCUGCUUGUUAAA